AUUUAGAGCUUCCAUUAACCGGAGUUCCUGUUUCUGCUGAAACUUGAGCACUACUCGACGGUCAUCAGUUUUGCGGGUCUGGCUCCCUGGGAUGCUACCCUACUUUUGCUGCUCUCCCUUUCAGUGACGACACUGGUUGCUGACAUACCACAGUGCUACUUCCUCCUAACUUCAGAGUGGGCGUUUUGCUUGCUGACCUUACAGGAUGCUCAUUUUUAGAGCAAGAGAGAACCAUUUUCAUGAGACUCCUCUUGUGAUACCUCAUGUCCAAUAGGUCUUCUCUUCUGUGGUAUACUCUAAAGACCAAAAGCAACAUAAUGUCUUAUUUAUUUUCAUUUUCAACAUGUCUUUGUGACAAAUGCUAUUUUAAUAAGGAAAAUUAUAACAUUUUGAACCCUCGGAGUUGACAGUGGAGUUCUAACAAUGCAACGUUUUAUUGGAUAUGUGAAAGUAUUGACACAUGUUCUAUUGCAAUGUCAUACCUAUGAUUAAAAUGACAUUCUGUUUAUUAUGACUUCUACUUCUUAGCGCUCUGGGAACAUCUUUGUUCCUUUAUUAAAAUAGCAUUUUAUACAAAUACUUUGUAAAAAGACAAAAUUCUUUUUUGGUGUUCUUUGGCAAAUUGACAUUUUUCCAGGGGUGUGUGUUGUGUUGUGUUGUGUUGUGUUAUGUUUGUUUGUUUUGUUUUUUUGAGGCAAGAGUGUACUGGUGACAUUUGAGUGGUGUAAUGUUUGGGGUAAGAAGACAUCACAUUUAAUGUCCAGAUGGAUACUUUAAGAGCUUUCUGUAGGUGUUUUGUUGUAUCUUAGAAUGCACAUUCAUACUACAUCCAUUAGAGUUAACAGCAGCAGGCAAAGAAUAAGCCCAACAUGUAAGGCAGACCUUUGAAAAUUUAAUUCCCUGUUGCCUCUACGCUGUAGAUAUUCAGAUUGAAUUGAAGGCUCUGAUCCUGCAGUAAGAGGUAUAUAGGCAGACAUCUGCGUCUAUGUGGAAAACUCACAGUGGUCCAUCUGUGUGUAUCUUGUUGCAGGAUUGGGAUGCAAAUCUCAGUGAGCCCUCUCCUUCACAUGCUUAUAUAUUUUUUUUAAUGCUCUUAGUAAUUGGGUUCACUCAACAGUCAUUUUCUAUGGUCUGUUUUUUAGAGCAAGGAUUUACAGGAUACAACGAUGAUGAAAUGUCAGGGUUGAAAACACAUGAAAUGUGUGGCUUCUUAAUAUAUUACAACUAAUUAUUUAUAAAGUGAUUGGUGUUUGACACAGCUACAUUAAAACUGUUUACUAGUUUUUUCUCUUGUGCAUCUUAGAGCACAGAUCGUACUAGUUUGUUUUUUGAAGCCUAGUCAUUAAUUUGGUUGUCACAUGUUAAAUAAGGCACUUUAAAAUAUGACCUAGGUUUUGCAAAUAUUUUUGUACUUUGAGAGAAAUGGAGUUCAAAAUAUUCUAAUAGCUAGUUUUAAUUUCUCUCAAUCUGAAUUAUCUGGUGUUGGAGAGCUUUUCUUGACAGGGCGCUAGGGAUGAGCUUUCAUCAUGAAAGCGGGUCAAUAGUCCUGUUAGAGAUUUGGGGGAUCAUUGAGGGUUCGGGAGUGUAUAUAUUUUCAAGUCAAUAUCUAAGUUUUGUCUUGUACAUUUUUCUUGAAGUUUGGUUUAGGUAAGGGCAACUCUGACUUCUACACUGAUACAACAAUUUGCCUCUGGUUGCCAAAAAGGAUGACUAGUUUCUGUGGGAUGGAAGUGGAUCAGUUGGUAAUAGCUCAUUAAGUAUUGUAGUAGGUAAUCACUAUUUAGAAAUUAGUCUUAUGUCGAGCACAGUUGCUAAACUAUUUCCACGUAUUAACUAUCCCUUUUGUGUAUUCAGAGUUAUACAUUAAAUUGCUUGGAAGAGAGUCAAGAAAUCUGCAUAAUGUAUAGGAACCUAAUUUUCUAGAAAAUAUCCAGUACAUGCCAAAUGAAACGAUGUCACUCUUAAAUAUUGAAACCCAUAUAUUUUCAUUGCUGAUGAAGAGCACAAAUUUUUUUUUUUUUAAAUCACUGCUUUUUCUUUAAACAGUGUAAAGACUUUGAUUAAUUCAGCUCAGAUAGCUUUUGGGUUAUUUUACUAUGUCCUGAAACAAUUUAUUUAUUUUCGUGCAAGGAGGACUUAGUUGGUAGGUCAUUGUGCCAUCUGCUCAAUUAACACAUUUCUGGGUAGCCAUUUGUGAUCCUCAGAUAGAAGGUACCAUAUAAGUGCAAGGUAGUAAAGAUAAAGGUGAAUUAAGAGUUUAAGCAUUUUACUGUUGUAUGGGGUCCGAAGUGAAUUUCUUAAACAGCUAUUUUAGUAAAUUCUUGAAUUGUGAUGCCUAACCCUCUUUCCUAGAUUGACUUUCUACUCAGGCCUAAUUGUCACAGUAUCAAUGAAUUGAUCAUUUUAGUACUGGUAAUGGAGCAAAGUAACUGAUAAUGGCAACUUUUUUCAAUACCAAAUGAAUAUCUUUAGUUCUCGAUCAUUUAUACCCCAGAGACCAUAAAGUAACUCCUCCCUUGGAGAUUAUAAAAUCUUGAACUAUAGGUAGUCAUUUCUUGCUAUUAAAGCUUACUGUUUUCCAUAAACUCUGCUGCUUUGUACUGAUGGUAAGGACAUCACUAGUCAUUUGUGCCUGGCACCUUUGAGUGGAUUGUUAAUGAGUAACUACAGGGAAUCCACUUGACUGACUUGUCAAUGAGUGGGCAUACCAAUUUAAGAGUUUACUGCAAUAAUAUCUGGUUAUUCAGCUGCUAAAAACACUCCCCAUCACCAUUUUGAAGAAAACUUUCACUUGUUUCGGUCAAGUAGCUGUACAGACUCUUGUUUCCAGCGAACUUUAGACAAAUCUUACUGUGCUUCCGUAAAGAUGUUCAGUUUUAUUACUGGAUAAACUAAAGUUGGCUAUAAUCAACAGAUCUGCACUCACUACAUCUUAGAGACAUGAGCUCCUCCAGACAUUUGUGCUCUCCCUCGCCAGUUCUGUGCUGACAGAAGAAGGGAAAUUUCAGGUUGUGUUAUGCAGAUACUUUCCCACUCUUUCAUCAACAUGGAAAGCUCAGAUUCUAACGAUAAAGCAAAUAUUGAUCACUCAGAAGCACAGCGCCGGAGUCAGCUGGAUCGAUUAGAACGUGAAGAAGCUUUCUAUCACUUUGUAAAUAACCUGAAUGAAGAGGACUAUAGGCUUAUGAGGGAUAACAAUUUGCUAGGAACACCAGGUGAAAUUACUGAAGAAGAAUUGAUGAGAAGGCUACAUCAAGUUAAAGAAGGUCCACCACAGCAAAAUGGUGAUGAGAAUAGAGGUGCAGAAUCCACAGAAGAUGUUUCUAAUAGAGAUUCCAUAAUAGACUGGCUUAAUUCAGUACGACAGACUGGAAAUACCACACGGAGCGGGCAAAGAGGAAACCAGUCUUGGAGGGCAGUGAGCCGGACUAACCCUAACAGUGGUGAUUUCAGAUUUAGUUUGGAAAUAAAUGUCAACCGUAAUAAUGGGAACCCAAACCCAGAAGCUGAAAAUGAGCAAUCUGUAGAGCCCUCUAAUGGUGAGGAUUUGGAAAAUAGCCAAAGUGACACUGAGACUCCAAGAUCUGAAUCGCCAUCUGUAAGGCAGCCUGGCUCAGACAGAAGUACCUCCGAGGAGUUAGCAACUGAGGAAGCAUCUCCUCUCAGAGGCCAGAGAAGAGCAAGAAGCAGGAGCCCAGAACAACGAAGAACUCGGGCUAGGACUGAUAGAAGUAGGUCACCUAUUAAUCCAGCAAGUGAGACUCCUCGCAGGUCUCCUCACAAUAUGCCAUCUCAGACACUUGAUCAUUCCCUGGUAAACGAAUCUGAGGGAAGUUCUAGAACUAGACAGCAUGUGACGUUAAGGCAACAUACAACGGGGACUGAGAUUGCAAGUGAAAAUGCAGUUCUGUUUUCAACCCCUGAAACAAGACCUGCUCCUCCAGCAUUAGGUUCUUCAGAAACAAAUGGCAGCAGUGAAUCUGCAGCUCCUGGACAGAGGCCACCUACUAUAGUUCUUGAUCUUCAAGUGAGAAGAGUCCGUCCAGGAGAAUAUCGGCAGAGAGACAGCAUAGCCAACCGAACCCGAUCCAGGUCCCAGACACCAAACAAUACAGUCACUUAUGAAAGUGAACGUGGAGGGCUUAGGCGCACAUUUUCACGUUCAGAACGGGCUGGAGUGAGAACUUAUGUCAGUACCAUUAGGAUUCCUAUUCGUAGAAUCAUAAACACGGGCUUUAAUGAGACAACAUCGGUCGCAAUUCAGACCAUUCUAAGGCAGAUAAUGACAGGUUUUGGAGAAUUAAACUACUAUAUGUACAGUGAUGGUGAUGCAGAUCCUAGUGGCCCAGCCCCAAACCAAAAUGUAGAUGCUCCUGAGCUACAGAAUGGAGGUGAUAGUGGUAGUUCUAGUUCACGCAGUGAAAGUACUGAAGGUAGCUCAGGGGAGGUAUAUGAAAGUAGUAAUGAAGGAGGUUCAACAUCUGCUAGGCGGGAAGGUCGGAAUACUAGGGGAUCAGUCACUUUUGAAGAAAGUGGCUCUUUACCAUUCCUUAGCUUAGCACAGUUUUUUCUACUAAAUGAAGAUGAUGAUGACCAGCCAAGAGGACUCACCAAAGAACAAAUUGACAACCUAGCAUGGAGGAAUUUUGGUGAAAGCGAUGCUCUGAAAACCUGUAGUGUCUGUAUUACAGAAUACACAGAGGGCAACAAGCUUCGUAAACUGCCUUGUUCCCAUGAGUACCAUGUCCACUGCAUUGAUCGCUGGUUAUCAGAAAAUUCCACUUGUCCUAUUUGUCGUAGAGCAGUCUUAGCGUCUGGUAACAGAGAAAGUGUUGUCUAAAUGAGAUCUGAAUUUGUGGCUGAACAGCUGGUGUAAUAGUGAUGGGCAACAAAGUCACUUUCAUUAUGACCACUUUUUGAGUGGUGCUUCAAUGUAAAGUAAUGAGUCUGGCUGCUUCGUCCCUCAUAGAAACAUUUUCUCAGAAUUAAAGCUUUUAAAAUGGGAAUCUCUUUAAAUUAGAGUCUCCAAAUCUAUUCAGUUUCAGUGUCUCGAAUUUCAGACAAUUUUAUUUCCCCAAAGACACCUAUUUGUUAUAAAUUUCUUAUUUUUUUUCAUCAUCAAGACUGUUAAGCUCCUUCCCCAUCCCCUCCCCAAUGCAUUGUGAAUCUUAAAGACCUCAGCACAUCCCUGUAAGGAACUUAUCUGAGAAGUCAUCCUAGCUACAGCACAUGCUUCAUAAUGGAUUUUUAAAAGCAAACCCAGCUAUCCCACUGAAUAUAAAAUUAAUUCAACUGCACCCUUAAAUAUAAUUUUGGUUAAUUUUCAUAUUGGGUAUUCUUGGACACGUGAGUGCAGAUAACACUAAUGUUAGCCCUUUUCCCAUUGUACAGCUGUCUCCAGCCCAUCACUAUGGCACGCUGUAGAGUGAGCUGAUAGCUUAAUUGGGAUAUUUAUCUUGUGGAAAUAUAAGAAUUGCCUAUGCUUGUUUAAAUAAAAAAAUCACAAUUUUUGUUUUACAAUUGUAAAGCUUUUUUGUAGAAGCUCAGUACUUUUCCAGUGCACUGUUGUACUAAUGCAUUAAGAAUUAAAAUUGUACCAUGCUUAGAAAUGAAGAGAAUGCUUUUCAUAUAAGACCCACCACACACAGAGCAAACUAAAUACAAGCGAGCUGCUUUUGUCAAUGUUAUUGUCAAGAGCAGCGCAUAUCUGUACUAUUUAAUUUAUGUGAGCAGCUACUGUAACACAAAACAGUUAAGAAUUAGACAUCUUAAUUUCAUUAAAACUGGUGGAAAUUGAAUGUUAUAAUUGCAGUGUCUUGGCUCAGUAAUGCCACCAAAAAGGUGGUGAUAAAAAGAAACAGAAACCUGCUCUGAAGACUGGUUUUUUCUUUGUAUGGUUACUGAUGUGUAAUAAUACAAACUUGCAUGUACCAGUUUCAUACAGUGAGGAUUUUGCCCAAGUUUUGUAUUAAGCUGUAUUUUAAUCACUGAAGGAGCGGUAUGUAACUUUCAGCAGACAAAUGUUAGCAAAUUAAUUUUUCUCCUCCCACCCUAAUGACCUCUGGAGCUUUGUCAAUGAUUUAACAUGCUGGACUCCAAAAAUCAAUGACAGUUGCAUGUGACUUAAGUAGCCGUGGUACAGAAAUUAACAUUUAGGUGUAACUGAGAAAUAAUCUAACAGAAGUUUCUCAAAUAAAUUGCCAAUCUUAAAUUAUUGGUUACUGGAGUACAUUUAAAAAAUGAAAUUUCAAGUUGUUUGAAUUUGCAACUUAUUUUCCUUAAAGUAAAAUAUUAGGCAUGUUUCUUUACUGUUAAAGACUGUCUAAAUUCCACUUGCAUUUUGUAUUAAAAGUUAGUGUGGGCUUAUCACAAUUCAAAUCGUAUAAAUGCAUUUAUACAAUUUUAAGUCUGCUUUGGAAAUGUUCAUACCUCAGCAGUCUUUACCUGGUGGGAAACCUCUUCCCCAUCUCCCCCAUCCCCAAGAAACCUUUACUCUUUAGUAGCUUUGCCAGUGCUACAUGCUUCUCAAGGAAAGCAAUGUUCUAUUUCAAGUAAAAAAAAAUAUAUAUAUAUAGUAGUUGUUAACUAGGGAUAUGAACUGCUCUUGCUGGCUAGAUUGAAAAUGUUGCUCAAUACUCAGAUGACAAAACCAAGCCUGACCUAUCUUUUUUUACAUUAACUAAUCUUCAGUGUUUGAGUGGUGGUUACAUAGAACGUCAUCCUAGCUGUUAAGCCAUUAUAAUUGAACUACUCACCAGCCAGUUCAGGAUUCCAAGAUGUUCUGGAGCCCUCCCAUUUUUCUAACAGUGCGUUUUCAUGUCAUUCUCAGUUCGAGGGGGAAUCCUGACUGGCUGGUGAGCUCACUUUCCUUGUGGUGGAAUGCUCCAUCAUUGUAAGGGUGUUCCUUAUCGUAUGUUUUAAAAACAUUUAUAAACAAAUUCAUGCUCUCAAAUGUUCUCUCUGAGAUGUGUUCAUCUAUAAAAUUGGAGGUUAGAUAUUAAUGUUACUGGUUGGACUUUGUUUCAUGAAUGUAGCUAAUGAAUCUUAAGCCAAAACCUCUUCUCAAACAUUGGACACCUGGAUUUUUGAAUCUUUUCUGUAGUGUGCACGUAAGUGUAUGCAAUCACCUGCAUUUUUCAGUAACACUCUUUGCUGACUUGGACUGUAGAAUUAAAAUUGAAAUAUUUUAUAGUGGUAUUUGCUACUAAUUUCUAAAUACACUUUUAGCUUUUUUAAAUCAGAUAUCUUAUGAGGACUAAGGACAGAAAUGAGAAGAAUAUGAGCCCAUUAGCAACAAGUGAUACACAGUGGAGGAAGACUGUAAUACCUCAUUAAGCAGUUACAUUUUUGUUAAUUGAUUGUUCUUGGUUUCCAAGAACUAUACAGUUCAAACAUCUUGUAGUUUUAUUAUGAUUGCCUAAAAGUGCUAUGCCUUAAUGUUUUAACUUUAUGUAAUUGUAACAACGGUUAAAGUGUCUGAGGUUCCCAAAAAGGUACCAGAAACCAGUGCUCGCCUCAAUUAAGACUCCUUUGAAUGUUUCAAAUGUUUUAAUUAUUUAUAAUGACAUUCCUUUUUAAACUCUUAUUAUACCAGUAGCACUGGGAUUUGUUUCUUUUGACUUUAAACAAUUGGCAAGAUUGAUAUUGCUGUUAGUGAGGAACUCUUAAAUAGAUGAGGCAUUUACCAACGUCCACAAUAGUUCCGGAAAUGAGCAAUGGUAUAACUGAGCUACACCCAGUAACUCCGUGGUGUUUAUGAAUACUUUCAUAUUAUGACCCAUGCAAAGCAAAUCUGUGGGAAAUUACUGGCCUGAUCCAGCAGCAGGAAUUCUCAUCUGAGUAAGGGUUGCUGGAUCAGGCCCUAUUAUUAUAAAGUAAUUUAGUUAAUUCAUGAAUAGUACAAGAAAUUUAUGGGCAUCAUUCUUUCCUUUAAAGUUAUAUUAAGCUUUAAAACCCAAUAUUAAUACUUCAGUUUUAAAUUAAAUUGCAAGCUUUGUAGGUAAAGUAUAGAAGCGUCUCUAGUGAGGUGCUCACAAUUAGCUGAAGUUAGUCUCUCUUGAAUCAGCUUACUUAAAAAUAUAUGAAUCCUUUUGGUGCCAAGCAUUCUUAACAUAUUUGCAUCUAUAGCUUUCUUAAGCUUAAACCUAUUUUUUCAGCAUUGGAAUUGUAGAUGGAUGUGCACUGUUUUUACAGCCACUUUACUGGAUGCCCAUGGCCACGGAGAGGGUUAAUACACAGCUGUUAUCGGGGUUUUUUGGGCACGGGGUGGGAGGUGAGAUUAAUGCCCACGUGUACAUAGAUGGAUAAAUCUAAAAGAUCCUGGUAGCCGCCUUAUACAUUGCUGCUCUCCUUUUAGUUUAUGGUGCCAUCUUGAGGAAGCUUUUUUUACCCUCCUUCAAAGCUGGGGAAAUACACAUCUUUGACUCCAUUAUUUAUUAAAACAUUAAUUUCUUUGCUGUUUAAGUUGGUUUUGUGUUUGAAGGAGCUCCCCUGCUAGAGCUUGUAUAAGGAAAGCUGCUGAUUUAAAAAAAAAAAAAAAAAAGCCCCACACACACACUUGCACACUGUGGACAGCCAUCCUUCUGGUGUUUGGGAUUACCCCUAGGUAUUUAAAAGGUAGAAGAGUGCACAAUCUUUUGUUUUGUAAGAGUGCAGUAUAUAGUUCUAAUCAAACUGCAAAUUUGUAGACAUUUUUAAUGGGUUUUAUCCAUUAAGUGAAAGAAGUGUGAAAAGCAGUGACUGGUUUUUACUGGGGUUCUUCUUUUACUUGCACUUUUGUAAAAAUAAACAGCCUUUUGCAAAUAGUAUUUUGCAGGCAGUUAGUUCAUGUCUGUUAACUGAUCCUUGUUUGGAAAAUAGUGUUAUUUGACAGGGUAGUUGCUGGACUGCAUGCAUAAAAACUACUCGUUAAAAGUUUCUUAAGGACUUUCUGUAGGAAGUAUUAGUGUGCAUGCAUUAGCAGCUGCACUAACACGAUACUGUACCAAUUUUGAAGAAGCCAUGAUUGGCCAUUGUGCCAACUUGCAGAUUAAUGUGUUUUCAGCUAAUGUUGACACAAUGGAUGGUAAUGACUGUCUGCUAUCCAUGGAUUAUGCGAAUAUGUAGUGUCCAAAGGACCAUUUCACCAAUAUAAUUUCAGCAAGAAAUUUAUCUUAAAAUAGUUGCCUACACUUUGAGGAAAUUCAUGAUCUGAGAUGCGUUAUAGUAACUAGGGUCUAACUUUAAGAUGAGAAAAGAAAUUUAGUUAAAGCUGACCCAUGGUUUCCAUUUUGUACCAGUGUGCCUAGGUAUUCCAUGGGUCUUCCAACAGUGCGUGUUCUUAAUCAGCAUAUAUAUUGCAAUAUCAAGGUUCAGCUGGCUGGGUUUAGCUGUUUAGCUGCAGCCUUAACUUUUCUUGGCAUUGUUAAUUUGAGACCCUUACUAUAACUGUAAUGCGGUGUUCUGUGUAAGAAUCUGGUGUUUCCGUUCAUACCUCAGUACGACUGGGGAUUUAUGUGACUUGAUUAGGGUUACGUGAUCAGAUCUUGAGUUGAUUAGGUUCACAGUUGUAAUGGAAAUGCCUGUGCCAGGAGGUGUUAACUUGGAGCUAUGUUAAGGGAAUUGAGCAACACAGUUAGAAAUCUUUCAAAUUUUCAUCUACAGGAGGCUUUUUUUUGUUUGGGUUGCAUUGCUGAGGGGAAGGAGACAGAAGCAAAUCUAAUGGUAAUGUAAUUUACUCAAAGCACAUUAAAUUAUGUUGUGUAAAAAUUAGUUUGAUUCUGUUAUACCAGGGCUUCCCAACCUCUUUUGCACCGACAUUUCCCUUUUCUUAUGGGCGAAUCCGUUAUUGAACCUUAUUUGGUUCCAUUAUCUGGUUUUCGUCACUUAAAUUAAAAUCCCAAGAGCCCUUCCCUAUAUAUCUGUUAGGCUGUUGGCUGGGAAGCCCUGUAUUAAACUGAGAAUGUAACAAUUUUCCUUUUUGUACAGUGCUUUACAUUGUUUAUAUCGGACUUUAGUACAAAAUGGUACUCUAAAAGGUCAUAAAACAGUUUGAUCAUAUUUGAUAGCUAACAUUUAGGAGGAGUUUGUUUCCUAUGUAAGAUGUCAUAAUGCAAAUUUAAAUAGACUCAAUAAAAUGCAUGAAGUGAUAA